GGGAGAUUGACAUUGGCUGUGGUUCUUGAUGUCAGAGAUUGUUCAUGCUCUCGCUUUACUCACAGACAUAAAUUGGAUCUUUGUAGAACAGAGUUGGUUAUGUGAGAACGUAUCUGGAGAAUCUCACUGCAGUGUCAUGCGUGAAACCUGCGACAUUCACUUUGGUCCUCACAAGAGUGAACUUGAAGGCCUUUAUUGUUGUAAAAAUGGGCGAAGGUCCAUCUGACAUCCAGUCAUUCUGGUUCUACUUGACAAACCCUUGAAAAUGUGGAGGUGAAAAGCACAAGACUCCUGAGAUGCAACAAACAUGAUUAUCCUCCGAUGUGUCCCGAAACUGGAAAACAGCAGUGACUCUUGUGAAUCACAAAACGAGAGAGCUCUGCGUUCAAGUCCUCUGUAAAAGAUUUGAAUCCAGCAGCGUGUCUCAUCCUUAAACGAGGCAUGAUGUAAGACAUCAGCUAUGACCUCAGCCACGCCCCCUUCCUCCCGUAGCCCCUCCCCACAGAAGGUCUGCCACUCCCAGACACAGACAGACGUUCUAAAGCCACUCCUAGGCGGAGGAGGCGGGGCUUCAACAGGAAACGGACCUGCUGCAUUGAGACGCCGUCGACGGGUGCUAUCUAAAGAUGGGAGGAGCAAUGUACGCAUCGAACACGUCAGCGGCCGAGGGACGCUUUACCUGCGUGACCUGUGGACGACCUUUCUGGACAUGCAGUGGCGCUACAAGCUUUUCUUGUUUUCCGCCACCUUCGCUGGCACCUGGUUUGUCUUUGGAGUGCUGUGGUACUUGGUGGCACUUGUGCAUGGAGAUUUGCUAGAGUUUGACCCUCCGUCCAACCACACGCCGUGUGUGAUGCAGGUCCAAACCCUGACGGGAGCGUUCCUUUUCUCCCUGGAAUCACAAACUACGAUUGGUUAUGGCUUUCGCUGCAUCACUGAGGAAUGCCCACUUGCUAUCAUCCUGCUUAUUGUCCAGCUUGUCAUCACCAUGGUGAUGGAGAUCUUCAUCACUGGAACCUUCCUUGCCAAGGUAGCACGGCCGAAGAAACGUGGUGAGACGGUGAAGUUCAGUCAGCAUGCUGUGGUCGCCAAUCAUGAGGGCCGACCUUGUCUCAUGAUCCGUGUCGCUAACAUGCGUAAGAGCCUCCUUUUGGGCUGCCAGGUAACAGGUAAGCUUCUGCAGACGUCGCUGACUAAAGAGGGUGAGACGGUGCGUCUGGAUCAGAGAAAUGUAGCCUUCCAAGUGGACACGUCCAGUGACAGCCCCUUCCUCAUCCUGCCCCUCACUUUCUACCAUGUGAUAGACGACAACAGCCCACUGCGGGCCUGGGCUGCCAAAGGUGGCGGGUGGACGGAUCCGGAGCUGGCUGACUUUGAGCUGCUUGUGAUCAUGAGUGCUACUGUGGAGCCGACCUCGGCCACCUGCCAAGUUCGCACCUCCUACCUGCCCGAUGAGAUCCUGUGGGGCUACGAGUUUCCACCUGUCGUCUCCCUCUCCCCCUCCGGAAAGUAUGUAGCUGAUUUUGCCUUCUUUGACAAGGUUGCCAAGACCAAGACCCCACCCCUUUUUAAACAAGCCCCACCUCCAAACACCCAGUCGCCCCAACAACAAGGCAGUGGCGGUGGAGACCAAGGGGCGGAUGUGGAGAAGAUGCGAUUGGAGGAGAGCUACCGGGAGGAAAGGGGGCGGGGCAGUGGGCGUGUCCGAGACCAGCUCAGCGUCCGCAUUAGUAACGUCUAGAGAGCGGAAAACACAGAUGAAUGAGUGAACGGGGGUUCAGAUGAAGAUAAAUUGCUUGAGUGCUUGUUUGAUUCAGUGUUAGCCAACUUUUUUUUUUUGAUGCCACUAGGCUUACCUGUUUUACAAGGUAGGGUGCCAGUAGAGUUGGCUAGCGCUGAAAUGCACUGGCAUACAACCAUGAAAUAGAGAAGAUAAAGACAGACUAUGUUCGGAAAAGCACACUAGCAUACUACAUUUCCUGUUUCUGCAGUAUAUAGUAUGUAUACUGUGCGUAGCAUGCAAGUUUUCUGAAUGAACAAAACACAC